AUUUUUGAUUUUCUUUUUGCAAAUUUGUCGACUGUUAAAAAAAUUAUACUUAAAUAUAAUAGAGAAGCAUGGUUUGCAGAUAAUUAAAUUCGCUUUCCGGAAAUAGCAAAAUUAGCGUUUUUAUUAUGCUCGUAAUAUUAUUAAAUAUACUGGUAUUCCCGUGCGUAUCACAAUAACAAUUAUCGAUUAUUGUUUGCCAACUAUUAUUUGUUAUCAGAUUUUUUCACGGGCCAAGCUCUUAACGCUGCCUCGUAUAGAAGCAGUCGAUAAACAAUAAAGCGUUUGUAUUUUCGCCCCGCGCGUUGUUGAAAUUAAUUGAUCCAUCUGCCAAUUGAUUAUUUAUCGCUGCUUCGAUACGCGCUAAAAUCAGCUAUUUUUGAUCGCGCGCGACGACAAGAAGCAGACAUGCAUUGUGGUAGCUUGCGCGAGGAUUUCACCCCUUACCAGCCAAUUUGGUGUGGGGUGCGUAGCGACCUCAAAGCUACACCAACUCCGGAAAAUUCGAGCUUUAUCAAACUUAUCUGGAACAUCACGCAACCCUCGGAAAUAAUCAUCAAGACAUCUGUGUUUUUGCCGGUGGUAUUUUGGGGAAUAGUAUGCAACCUAGCGUUGAUAUAUGUUAUUGCGCAAAACCGACACCUUCGUUCACCGACGAAUCUUCUUGUCGGCAAUAUGGCGGUGGCGGAUCUGCUUUCACUUCUGAUUCAUCCCUGGGUGUUUCUAGUCUAUGACUUCUUUCAGAAUUAUCAACUGGGCGCCUUUGGAUGUCGUGUUGAAGGUGCAAUCGAAUGUUCUUUAUUGUUAGCCAGUGUCAUGAACUUAGCUGCCAUUAGCUAUGAUCGGCUCACAGCGAUUGUGUUGCCAAGAGAAACCCGGUUGACCAGAAAUGGAGCAAAAAUAGUAAUGGCGGUUACCUGGCUCGCGGGACUGGUCUUUGCAUCCCCUUUAUUCUUCUACCGGAGUUAUACGGAACGAACAUGGUUGGAUUUUACCGAACGAUUUUGCUCCGAAGAUUUGAUUGUAAGCAACAUCUACUGGCAUGUUAUCAUCACCAUGAUGGUAUGGUUUCCGUUGAUCACAAUGACGCUUUGCUAUAUAACAAUAUUCAUUAAGCUGGCAAGAUAUCAGAACUACGUUCAGAACAAAACAAAGAGUUUGAUUCAAGUACGCUACAAAGCCAAAGUGGCGAAAACAAUGUUUAUCGUCGUGAUCGCCUUCAUUAUCUGCCAUGUGCCAUUCUCGGCGUUAAUUUUCUACCGCAACCAACUUAUAAAAGGAGGCAAUGACGACGAUUCAGUUGUCAACAGAACAAAUGGAUUGUACCAAGUUCUAUGGUUCGUUUCCAAAUUAUUCCUGUUCAUCAACGCCGGUUUGAAUCCCGUUAUCUACGGCAUUAUGAACGACAAAUUCUGCAAGGUGUUCCGGGUGACUCCGGUGGUAAAGUGGAUUUUCAUGACGCCCAUUCGCAAAGUCGAGCCAGGCACAAAAGACACGGUACUGGCUGACUCCAAGGAGAAACCACCAAAGGUUUUUACCGUUUUCCAACCGCGGUCACCAACUAUUGGAAAGUCACCGAUGAUUUUUCAGCAGCCGCGACUUUCUUCAGAAACGUCAACCGCGCCGUAA